GUGCCAUAUAGUAUGCAGCAGCCGGAGGAGUCACGUUGGGGGAACAGCAGAAAGCAGCUAUCCGUUUACACUACUUUGCUCUAGCAGCUAUCUUAAUGAUUGCAAGUGCGGCGGACAUCAAGCAGGAGAAUGGGAUGGAAAGCGCCUCGGAAGGACAGGAGGCGCACCGAGAAGUGGCGGGGGGCGCGGCGGCUGGGCUGAGCCCCCCGGCUCCAGCCCCUUUCCCUCUGGAGCCGGGGGACGCCGCGGCUGCCUCCAGGGUAAGCCGGGAAGAAGGGGCAGCGGCGGCCGGAGCGGCAGAUCAGGUACAACUCCACUCGGAACUUCUGGGCAGGCACCAGCACACAGCCUCCGCGCAGCCCCCGCUGGCCUUCUCGCCGGACCAUGUCGCCUGCGUGUGCGAGGCGUUGCAGCAGGGGGGCAACCUGGACCGCCUGGCCCGGUUCCUGUGGUCCCUGCCCCAGAGCGACCUGCUACGUGGCAACGAGAGCCUGCUGAAGGCGCGAGCGCUCGUGGCCUUCCACCAGGGCAUCUACCCUGAGUUGUACAGCAUCCUCGAGAGCCACAGCUUCGAGUCGGCCAACCAUCCGCUGCUGCAGCAGCUCUGGUACAAGGCGCGCUACACCGAGGCCGAGCGAGCGCGCGGCCGGCCGCUGGGCGCCGUGGACAAGUACCGGCUGCGCAGGAAAUUCCCCUUGCCCCGCACCAUCUGGGACGGCGAGGAGACGGUGUAUUGUUUCAAGGAGAAGUCGCGCAACGCGCUCAAGGAGCUCUACAAGCAGAAUCGCUACCCUUCGCCCGCCGAGAAGCGGCACCUAGCCAAGAUCACCGGCCUCUCCCUCACCCAGGUCAGCAACUGGUUCAAGAACCGGCGGCAGCGCGACCGGAACCCCUCCGAGACCCAGUCCAAAAGUGAAUCAGACGGCAACCCCAGCACUGAAGACGAAUCCAGCAAGGGACAUGAGGAUCUGUCUCCUCACCCACUAUCGGGUGCAUCCGAUGCCACCUCCAACCUCAGUCUUUCUAGCCACAUGGAGCCAGUAUAUAUGCAACAAAUUGGAAAUGCUAAGAUAUCACUAAGCUCUUCUGGAGUUUUGCUGAAUGGAAGCUUGGUACCUGCAAGUACUUCACCUGUCUUCCUUAAUGGUAAUUCUUUUAUUCAGGGACACAAUGGCGUUAUCCUUAAUGGACUGAAUGUGGGAAAUGCACAGACAGUGUCACUGAACCCAUCAAAAAUGUCUUCAAACAUUGUGAGCAAUGGCAUAGCCAUGACGGACAUCCUGGGCUCUACCUCCCAGGAUGUGAAAGAAUUCAAAGUCCUCCAGAGUUCUGCUGUGAACUCAGCAGCCACCACCUCCUACAGCCCUAGUGCCCCCGUGUCAUUCCCAGGGCUGAUACCCUGCACUGAAGUGAAAAGGGAAGGCAUCCAGACAGUGGCCUCCCAGGAUGGGGGCUCUGUGGUGACGUUUACUACACCAGUGCAAAUUAACCAGUAUGGCAUUGUCCAGAUCCCUAAUUCCGGAGCAAACGGCCAGUUCCUUAACGGGAGCAUUGGAUUCUCUCCACUGCAGCUGCCUCCUGUCUCUGUAGCAGCUUCACAAGGUAAUAUUUCAGUAAAUGCAAGCACUUCAGACGGAAGCACGUUUACAAGUGAAUCCACCACAGUCCAGCAUGGCAAACUGUUUCUGAGCCCUCUUGCCCCCAGUGCAGUGGUAUACACUGUUCCUAAUUCAGGCCAGACUAUAGGAGCUGUGAAGCAGGAAGGCCUAGAAAGAGGCCUGGUUUUUUCUCAGUUGAUGCCUGUCAAUCACAAUGCACAACUAAAUGCAAGCCUAUCUUCUGAAGAUAUCUCUGGAAGCGGCCUCCACCCCCUGGCCUCCUCACUAGUUAAUGUGUCCCCAGCUCACAGUUUUUCCCUGUCUCCCCCUACACUACUAAAUCCCACUGAGCUAAACCCUGACAUUGCUGAGAGUCAGCCAAUGUCUGCACCUGUGGCAAGCAAAUCUACUGUGACAUCUGUCAGCAAUACUAACUAUGCAACCCUUCAGAACUGUUCCCUUAUUGCUAGUCAAGACCUAUUGUCAGUCCCUAUGACUCAGGCUGCCCUAGGGGAAAUGGUUCCUACAGCUGAAGACACGGUGGGUCAUGCCUCACCAGUGGCGGUACACCAGGAUUUUGUCAGAGAACACCGCUUGGUUCUGCAGUCGGUAGCUAACAUAAAAGAGAAUUUCCUACGCAAUUCUGAGAACAAAGCAACAAACAACUUAAUGAUGUUGGACUCCAAAUCCAAAUAUGUCCUGGAUGGCAUGGUUGAAACUGUCUGUGAAGAGCUGGGAACCGACAAAAAAGAGCUGGCCAAGCUCCAGACUGUCCAGUUGGAUGAAGAUAUGCAAGACUUAUAAGCCUGAUUCACUAUGCGCAUACCCCGCUUCUCCAUCAGCAGCAACUCUUUUUUCCCUGUGAAGCCCUGAAGAUGGAGAGGCUUUACUCCCUUAGAGGAAAGCGCUCUCCCUGUGCAAGCAAAUGUACUUGGAUUGAUCUGCAUGAAGAUCAUAGUUAAGUAUACAGGAGUGGAACUACAUUGCUGAAGCCUUUCUGCUCACAUCAGUUCGCUUUUAAAUACAUGGCGACCAGGCAACAACUGAAGGGUAUCAAACCAUCGUAUAUCAUUUAGUCAGCAAUAUAAUUCUAAGGCUGAAAUGGUACAUGAUAGUGUUUUAAAAUGUAUACACCUAACCCUGAAAACUCAGUAACAGCUACAGGCCGUUAGAAGCAAUGCAGUUGUUUUUUGUUUACUUUUACUCCAUGGGCAUUGAGAUGGUUAAGAAACAAUGGCACUCCAGAUUAUUAUAAGGGUAUAUUUUUUGAAUUAAGUAGCUUAUAUAUGUGUGUUUGUGUGUACAUACACACAUUCAUUGUUUUCAGCAUUUGGGGGAAAGGCUGUGCGUGUUUCCAAAUGUGAUUGCUAAUCGUUAAAUGUGUCAGAGAAGGUUUGAAACUCCACUAAACUCUGACACUACUUGGGUAUGAAUGUAAAUAUGCCAGUUCUAUAAAGAGGAUUUGAGUAAGUACGGGGAAUUUUUAUUUAUACCAUGUAUGUCUCUUAGUCCUUAGGCGCUAUGAACUGAAAAGAAAAAUGUUUUCUUACUGUUUAAUUUAUAUUUAUUGUUUGAGCAGGAAUAGGACAUCUUUGUUUCCAACCAAGUUUUUUUUUUUCUUUUUUUGUGAUUUUUUUUAUCAAGAGUCUCUCAAGGUCAAUGUUAACACUGAAACAGGAACUUUUAACCCCCAAUACUGGAAUUUUGGUACUUGUCGUCACAUUUUUCUUUAGAAACUUUGAUUCAUUUAAAUAUGUUUUGUUUGUUUGUUUGUUUUGGUUUUUCGAGACAUGGUUUCUCUGUGUUGUUUUGGAGGCUGUCCUGGAACUCGCUUUGUAGACCAGGCUGGCCUCGAACUCACAGAGAUCUGCCUGCCUCUGCCUCCUGAGUGCUGGGACUUAAGGCGUACGCCAUCAACGCCCGGCUCAUUUAAACAUGUUUUAUAUAGACUCCUAUGUGCCUUUUUACCUUGUGGCCUUUUUGAUUAGCAGUAAGGUGCAAAAGCAUCAACAAAAGUGUUGCUGGCUCUCUUGCACUUUCAAGCAGGGUUAAGUUUACCACAGAGCCCCUUUGUAUGCAAGGACUUAAGUCCCACUCAAUAUUAUGUGGAUGUUUGUCAUACCAAUGGAUAAACAAUUAGCUUUAAUGCUUUUCGUUGUGAUGAAAGUUAAAAAAAAAAAGUACGGAAGACCAUGAAGAUCAAUUCUGCAGGUCGUGAAUACAGCCAUUUUAAAGUAGACAAAGUAUACUUAAGUUGUACUAGGCAAACUUCCAUCUCAUUGAAGCUCCAUUCUCAGUGUUUUGAAUUAGUUGGUACACUGUGACACAUGACUGUUGCCUGCCCUAUUUUGUCAUAUCUCCAUUACGAGCAAAUAUCUGUAGGAUAUUUCCUUGAAUAAUGUUGUCAGCUGCGUUUUAAAGUUUUAGCAGGACUUUGAACCCAAGAUGUAACAAUGCAAAUACCUUCGUGUCAUUAGUGCAGAGCAUCUCAGAUUUAAGAAAGUGAUCUUUUCAACGGGGACUUUCAGUUGUUACACAUAAAGAUAAGACCACACCUUGUUUUCUUUAAGACGGGAAAGAACUGCAUGAUUUCUAACAUGCUCCUCCCCAUCUGAGUUCGUCGAGUAAGGGUCAUCGAGUAUUUAGCAUUUGCUGUUAUUACAGAGGGAACUUUCAGUCUACAUAAUGAGCCCUAUGAAAAAUUCCUUGCCAUCAUUUUGAUUUAAAAAAAAAAACUUUAAGCUCCAUUUUGUGAAAUUGGUGAAUGUCCCUCAAUUGCUGAAAUCCGUGGUUUGGACCCAAAGUUGUUUGUUUUGGAGUUUUUGUUUUGUUUAAACAAAGCCAGUUGUUUUAGUGUGGUCUUCCACUCGGCCACUGCUUACCCAGCUUGACUGUCCCCAUCUCCCUUCCCAGCUGUGCUGAUCAUAUUAAUGUGAUUGGUUACAUGGUCUUGUAGUGUAGUUUACAUAAAAAUGAUAUUUUCCGCUAGACUGCUGCAGACAUCAAGGGUUAGUUAUUUUACAAUACCUGUCUGGUAAGGGAAAUGGGAGAGUCAAAAAGUUAUAUUAGGGGUGUGUGUGUGUGUGUCUGUGUGUGUAUAUGUGGGUAGGAGUGUGCCCUUGCACAUGAUGGAAAACUUUCAUGUAUCUGAUGAAAAUAUCUCUUUUAUUCUGAGUUCUUCCUCUUCUUCUCCCUUUGAAAAAGAAAAGAUAGCACAAAACUAAAUACUUACCUAGGAAAUGCAUUCAUAUUCCAACACGAUGUACUUCUAAUCCUACAAGUACUCCAGGUAGCUAUACAAUCCAUCAGGUAAGAAUCAGUGCACACUACAAGAACUUACUGUUCUUUUCUAUUCUUUCAGUAAAUCAGGGCCAGCUGAUAUGUAGCCCGUGUAUAUGUGAAUGGAAUUAGAUAAACCCCAUGGUCUCCUUACACAGAAUUGCAACUGACUUUUUUUUCCCAAUACCAAGGGCCAGCCUCAUAGCCCUUGGAGUUCAUGUGACAGAAUAUCCUUUUUCUAUAAACAAUGCUUGAAGAUGCUGCAAAUGACCCUCUGACGAUUUGGGAAGAGGAGUCAGAAUAGGGGUAAAUAGCUCCCUUUAAAUCUCAACCCCUAAUGCUGGCUGUGGGAAUUUUUGGUAUCAGCCUAUCUAUGCACUCUACAGCCAGAACUGGCAUUCAGCUCUUAGUUGCAUCUAGUAGAGAGGAUGGUGGAGCAUUCAAAGGAGGUGCAUUUCCCCCCCUCAAACAAGCAAAAGCACCUGUGCUAUACUGCAUAAAUAUCUCAUGUACAUUUGUAGUAAAGACUGACUUAGAUGUGUUUUGGUGCCUUUCUUGUGUUGUGAAAGGCAGAUAGAUGUUACAGUCAUAGGUUUUUGUUUUGUUUUUUCUAAAUCCAUAGUUGUAUUGCACACUGACCUUAACUCUCUCUGUAUGCUCCCUUGUUAUCCUGCAUGUUACAGUUGGAUUAUUGGGCAUGUGUAGCAGACUGCCUUGCUACAUCCUCAAUAUGUGUGCAUUAGUACAUAGCCACAAAUCCUUCAUCCUUUAAAAUGUUUGUCCGAUCAUCUCAUGAAAAUAAUUCAGGAAAUCUAUGGGGAAAAUAAUUAUAUUUUACAAAAGCUGUUUCCAAGUCUUCCUAAAACUUAGAUUAUAGAACCUAAUGGUUAUUUUGAGUCUAAUUGAUACAUUUCAAUUUAAUUAAAUAUUACCACCAUAUAUUUUACUAAUUGAAAUUAUAUAGCAUGUGACUCUUGGCUUUCAGGGUUUCUCAAAAAUAUGUACCAUUUUGUUGCAUGUACUGUAUGUAUAGAGGCAACCAGUUGUAGACUCAAUAUGGUUUUACUGUGCCUUACAUGAAGAGAAACUCUACAGAAUGUAUAACAUGGGGUGGGGAACGGAGCCUCUACUGCACUGUUAGGUGAUGGCACACAGCAUGUCCCAGAACAUUUCUGUGCUUAAUUACCCAACCAAAGAGAUCUAAAGUCUGUAUGUUGUACUGUAAUGGGGGGUUAUGCCUGGACAAUUAAGUGUUUUAUUUGUUUUCUGAAAUGAUGUGAACUUAUUUUUCUAAACACUAUGCUAAAUAAACUUUAUAUUUAUACAUAA